GUGAAUCCCCAGAAGCGGAAAUACUCGCUAAAUAUGUCAAGUUCUCCUUUGAAUACAUUCAUUAAUGUACAUGUGUAACGAAACGUAUAUCGGAGAACAUGGAACUGGAAAACACAACAAAAUCUAAGGAUGAAAGUACCAUCCGCGAAAACACUCAAAUGACCUUGGAAAAGGUUGACCCAUGGGCAGUUACACUCAAUUUGGAAGAAACCGCCAGUUGGAAAGAGUUAUCUGCAGCAAAGCGUGCGAAGCUGUUGAUUUCAAUAGUAGUGAAGACAAUCAUUUUGCUGGCGUUUGUGUACUUCUUCAUUUGUGCUCUUGGAUUUCUAACCAAUGCAUUUCAACUUCUUGGAGGUGAAACGAAUGCCAAAAUUUUCAAGGAAAACGAGGUGGUGUCCAAUCCAGUAGCAGGAUUAAUGAUUGGUGUUCUCGCCACAGCAUUGAUACAAAGUUCAUCGACAACCAUAUCAAUAAUUAUUGCGAUGGCUGGAACUAAAACCAUUCCAGUGAAGCAAACUAUUCCUAUCAUCAUGGGCUCUAACAUCGGAACCACGGUGACCAAUACAAUUGUUUCACUGGCUCAGGCGGGGUCACGUGAGGAAUUCCGAAAGGCUUUUGGUGCCGCUGUAAUUCAUGACGUAUUUAACUGGAUGUGCGUUAUCGUUCUUCUUCCACUUGAAGUAGCUUCUGGGUAUCUAUUCCACUUAACAAAAGAAUUAGUGGAAUCCAUAGACGUUUCCAGUUCAUCAAAGACCAAGAAAGACUUGCUGAAGACCAUUACAAAACCAUUUAUUCGUUUAUUUGUCCAGAUUGACAAAAAGGCACUAAAGUGUAAGGCAGUACAUAUAAACGGCACAACGAGAUCAGUUCUCAAGAGAUGGUGCGACAAAAUCAAGGGCACCUCGAAUCUUGGAGAAACCUGCUUUCCUCAAAAUGCAACUGGUAACAAUCGUUGUAAGAACCUGUUUGCCUUCACAGACCUUUCUGACGAGGAAGUUGGAAUUAUUCUAACCAUUGUAGCAUUUCUGCUGAUAGUCUUGUGCCUAUUCGUCGUUGUGAAACUUUUGAAUUCCUUGUUUAAAGGAACCAUGGCUUCUCUCGUGAAGCGUUUCAUUAACGCUGAUUUUCCCGGGAAACUAGGAUGUGUGACAGGAUAUGUUGCCAUACUGAUCGGAACAGGUAUGACGAUGGUUAUUCAGAGUAGUUCUGUGUUUACCUCAACGUUGACACCACUUGUUGGAGUGGGGAUCGUAUCCUUGGAAAGGAUGUACCCUCUUACAAUAGGAGCCAACAUUGGAACAACUGUCACCGGUAUUUUGGCGGCAUUAGCUGUGUCUGAAUCGGAGGUUCAUUUAACAUUGCAAGUGGCUCUCUGUCACUUAUUCUUCAACAUCACUGGAACACUUAUCUAUUAUCCAAUUCCUUUUAUGCGCAAGCCCCCCAUUUACAUCGCGAAAGGACUUGGCAACACAACUGCCCAGUAUCGGUGGUUUGCGGUCUUGUACCUUAUUGGCAUGUUUUUCGUACUUCCCACGGCGGUUUUUGGCUUAUCGCUGGCAGGUCCUCUAACGUUCAUGGCAGUUGGAAUACCGUUGUUGACCAUUCUAGUAAUAGUGAUCUUUGUCAACAUUUUGCAAGUGAAAGCACCUAAGUGUCUUCCUAGAAAACUACGAAACUGGGAGUUGUUGCCUUUAUGGCUACAUUCUUUGGAGCCUUACGAUAGAAUGAUUGGCAAAUUCAUGUGCAUGCAAUGUUGCAAGAAUUGCCAGGAUGAGAAACAGAUCUUGAAACGUUGAUGCGUAUAUUGUUCCAACUAAUAUGAAAACAAAAUUAAUAUACUAACUGUUAUUUCUACAUGUAUGUAUAUGAUAAAAUAGUUAAGUCCAUUUCUAGCUCACUCUAUGUUUUACAGUUGUCAAUGUAAAAUAUGAUGUAUUUAACGAUGUAAAUUACUCUGAGCUUUGAGUAUCUCAGCUUUA